CUUUAAUGACCUUUGGAAGUUUUUAAGAUGUAUGUAAUAUUAUAUAUAUAUAUAUAUAUAUAUAUAUAUAUAUAUAUAUAUAUAUAUAUAUAUAUAUAUAUAUAUGAAAACUCUCACGGGUAAGACCAUCACUCUCGAGGUCGAGUCUAGCGACACUAUCGACAAUGUCAAGGCCAAGAUUCAAGACAAGGAAAGAAUUCCGCCGGAUCAACAGAGAUUGAUCUUCGCCGGAAAGCAACUUGAAGAUGGCCGGACCCUUGUCGACUACAAUAUCCAAAAAGAGUCUACUCUCCAUUCGUGUGUUUCACAUACAAAAAAUUUCGAUGACGUCCUUGCAACACCGGAGGUGUUAUGCGUGGUAGCUCAAGUCAUAAAACCGCGGGCCCUUCGGGAGAGCCGUGUACCGCAAGCCAGCCAAGUCGAGCUUACCUCUAUAGGGCAGAUAUACGACCGAAGGAAACAUCAGAAGCAUGCCCAGUCCCCCAUAUGGCGUAUGUCGGACCUCGAUGAGGAGGCCGAGUGGACUCAAGUGUCGCAGUCAAGGACCUCGGUCUUCUCUCGAAUGGGAUGGAGAUCGGCACGGGACCUGAUUGGUGAAAUAGGACCGCCCGAGAGUGAAUUAGAAACUCAGGGAGCCCUUGUAGUAGCCACCGCCGUUUCUGGUGGUCAAACACGUCGUUGGAUUCGUGAUGCCGAGGUGGAAAGAUUAAGGGAUGUUGUUCGAAAUCUCACUAACCGGAUUACUAGACCUGCUGAGGACGAUGACCUCACCAUCACCCCUUUUACUGAGUGGGUGAUGAACGGCUGCGGAGUCCCUAUGAAGAAAGUCGGUGAAGUCAACGUCCCCAAAACCGAAGAGGAGUUCACCGACGAAGAUUGCAAAAAGAUGGAGCUCAACGCAAAGGCAAUAAACAUGAUUUAUUGCGGUGUUAAUGCGGAUGACUACCGCAAAAUCUCGCGGUGUGAAACCGCAAAACAAAUGUGGGAGAAAUUCGAGGUCACCUACGAAGGAACCGCGCAGGAAAAUGAGAAGAUUGAGGAAAUGUUUGAGAGAUUCUCUAACAUCAUCAAUCCUCUCAAUCUUCUCGGGAAGACAUACACCGACCGAGAGCUCGUGAGAAAGGUGCUGCGAAGCCUAUCCCCCAAAUGGCGUUCAAAGGUGGACGCAAUCGAAGAAGGUCGUGACUUCCAAACAACGACCUAUGAUGCUCUUCGAGGUAAUCUUAUUACCUACGAAACCACCCAACUCUCAAAGGUGGUUGAAGAGAGGAACAAGAGGUCCAUUGCUCAACCCGCAACAACAUCAACCCACAACAACGUUGAUGAUGAAGAAGAUGACAGCGACGACACCGACCUCGGACUCUUUGUCCGAAAAUUCAAGAAGAUGUUGCUCAAGAAGGGAGCCAAGAAGAACACUCCACCCAAAUGCUAUGGGUGUGGUGAAAUUGGACACAUUAAACCAAUGUGCCCAAAGCUGAAGAACGAGAAGGACAAGAGGGCACCGAAGAAGCAACGUGCCUACAUUUCUUGGGAGAACGACGGCUUCGGGAGUGAAGACUCGGAAAAGGAGGAAGUGGCCAACUUGUGUCUCAUGGCCAUUGAAAAUGGUGAUACAUCAAAAGAGGUAAGUGAUCAAGAACCUUCUCCCAAUGAUCCUUUAACUCUUAAUGAUGUUGUUUGCAUUGUAGAAGAUUUGUCGGAUGAAGGAAUUUUCUUAGGUUAUUCUCUUCGUAGUAAGGCAUAUAGAGUGUUCAACAAGCGUACUAAGACCGUAGAGGAGUCUAUUCAUGUUGUCUUUGAUGAAUUUGAUGCUCGCUUGGCGAGAAAAGGUAUUGUUGAUAAUGUUGCAGGUUCUUAUGAUGAUGAUGAAGAAAUCGUUAAAGAAAAAGAACCGGAAGAAGAGAAAAUGCAGGAACAAACGGAGCUUCCUAAGGAAUGGAGAACAUUGAAGAACCACCCGAUUGACAAUGUCAUUGGGCUUUUAUUGCAGGGAGACUCGCCAUCUCUCAUUUCCUAUGUUGACGGCAAAACCGUUUUCAUUGGCGGUGCCGGUUUGACUUCUCUGUUUGGCCUUCGUCGAGGUGAAAUUACCGAAAACUUGGAUGAAACAUUCCAAGAUGAGGCAAUUUGGCGACAACUCGGGUUAGAUCAUCGUGACCUCAAGUUUAGAAAUUCUAGCAACCCAAGUGUCAUUAAUCUCACUUUAAUUCAACGCGUCCAACAAUACAUCUUCUCCUAUGUUUUGUUGCCCCGUGAUUCGAACCAUGGCGUUGUCAACAAGGACGAUAUUCGUUUGUUUCACGUCCUGUUGAACGAUGUCAAAUUUGAUUGGGUUCACUUCUUUAUCGUUGCACUUAGCGAUGGCACUCGUUUUUCCCAUCUCCGUUUUGCCAUCCCCAUUAUGCAUAUCCUUGCUCAUUGCAAAAUAGACUUUACUUGGGACACUCAAGUGCCAGUCAAGAAGACUUGUUUCAUCACUGAAGCCAAGUUUUCCCGGAUCGUGUACCGUGAGGAGGGCGAUGCUGCACCAAAUCUGGACCUGAUAGUCGCAGAAGAAGAAGAGAGCCAAAACGAGACUCAAGUUGAGUCGUCUCGUGCCGGAGGAAGUCGAGCCACGGAGCGCGUCACUCGUCAACGCAAGACUCGUCCAAGAGAAGAAGCACCGGAACCUUCUUGGGUGAAGAGAAUCUUCGAUACUCUCACGUGCAUCCGAGAUGACGUUCGCCAGCUCAACAAGAGGAUGACUCGUUUUGAGCAAUCCCGCUCCUACCGUGGCUCGCGUCACAGCUUUAGCGGAGGAGCUCGUCCGGCGAACUCACUUUGAUUUUACUCCUUCUAUCUUGACUUAUUAUGAU